AUAAACGAUCAUGGUGUUUUAUUUUCAUUCACUGUAGCUUGUAGUCGUUAUCUUGAUAAUGAUGUUUUCUUUCUACAGGUACUAUGAACUUCUCCUGUGGAGAGAAGGAGGCUCCUGCCCUGGCACCAGAUAAACGCUCUAAUUCAUCGAUCUUUGAACCUUGCCAUUGGGCUGAUUGUGGAGGAGGCUCGUGCAAUAAGACCUCUUCCGUGACAUAUUCUUGCGAUUGCCAAGAGGGUUAUUACAAUUUACUCAAUCAGACUGCUUUCCCUUGCUUAAAAAAAUGUGCUCUUGGAAUGGAUUGUGCUCAGCUGGGGAUUGAUGUACCGAACAACAACUCGUCUGCUCCUCCUAGUUUGCCUGGUAUAGAGAAUGUGUGUAAAGAAAUGAAUUGUGGAAAAGGUACUUGCAAAUCUUCAAAUUCUACUUUUGGAUUCGCAUGUGAAUGUGAACCUGGCUGGAGGCAAACUCGUUCAGAAAACGAUAAUUUCUUCAAGUUUCUUCCUUGUGUAGUUCCCAACUGUACUAUGAACUUCUCCUGUGGAGAGAAGGAGGCUCCUGCCCCAGCACCAGAUAAACGCUCUAAUUCAUCCAUCUUUGAACCCUGCUAUUGGGCUAAUUGUGGAGGAGGCUCGUGCAAUAAGACCUCUCCCAUGACAUAUUCUUGCGAUUGCCAAGAGGGAUAUUACAAUUUACUCAAUCAGACUGCUUUCCCUUGCUUCAAAAAAUGUGCUCUUGGAAUGGAUUGUGCUCAGCUGGGGAUUGAUGUAAUGAACAACAACUCGUCUCCACCUCCUAGUUUGCCUGAUAACAGCAAAAGUAUAGCUAUUUCAUUUUUUGGUGGUGGCUAUGGCUGGUUGAUCAUCACAGUUGCAUCUAUGGCUGCAGUUUUGUUGAUAUAAUUACACCUGCGUUGAUGAAUAAGCAAAAUAUUUUGCAGCUGGUUUUGGCUUAGGGGUUAUCAUAUUUGUUAAUCCGAUACGAGUGAUUUAGAUAAUUUUGCUUUGUUAUAUAGGUAGUUAGGAGAUUCCACUUAUGCCAUUGAGCUUUUUGUAUACCCUGUAUAUAGCAUUCUGGGGUUGAUUAUUUUUGGAUUUGUGAGACAUUACUCAAUUUGAUUGGAAGAUUGAACCAUCUGCACUUCU